GGGUCGAGGCAAGCUGAGAGCUCUCGUGCCGGACGUUGCGCUGCCGCGACGCCCGACGCCGGCGGGGCCGAGGCAUUCCGGGCUCUUCGCUGUCCGUGGCAUCUGGCGCCAACUUGCGGUUCUUUGGCCUGUUCAGGAUUCUUAGACUCUGCAAGUAAAGACAACCUUAUGUUCCCAGUACAUGAUGGCUUCAUCUUCAAGCAGCCUCACUACUGGGAGAGGGGUUGGCUCAAAGCUAAAGUCCGUGAAGUUGCUCGAGGUUCUGAAUGCUCUAGAGGAGGAGGAAUCUGGCCACAGGAGGGAAGAGAUCUUCAUUGCACCACCCAACAAUGCUGCAGGGGACUUCACUGAUGAGGACUCGGGUGAUGAAGACAGCCGGCGAGGGACCCAUCUGCCUGGCAAUGUGCUGCAUGCCCUUGUUGUCCCCGAGGACUCUGGCACUGGGGAAGAGGAUGACGACCUGCAGCUGCAACCAGCUGUGAAGAAGCGGAAGGGAGUAAUGGAACCUCAACGUGUUUGGACCAAAAGAGAUAUCCACCCGGACUUCAGCAGUUGGACAGCAUCUGAUCCUCAUAUGGAAGAUCUCAAAAGCCAGGAACUGAGUCCUGUAGGCCUCUUUGAAUUGUUUUUUGAUGAAGGAACAAUUAAUUUUAUUGUUAAUGAAACCAAUCGUUAUGCUUGGCAGAAAAAUGUCAACCUGGCUCUUACAGCCCAGGAAUUAAAGUGUGUUUUGGGCAUUUUGAUUUUAAGUGGGUAUAUCUCCUAUCCAAGGAGAAGGAUGUUUUGGGAAACAUCUCCUGAUUCACAUCAUCAUCUUGUGGCUGAUGCAAUUAGAAGGGACAGAUUUGAACUGAUCUUCUCAUACCUGCAUUUUGCAGAUAAUAAUGAGCUUGAUGAAAGUGAUAGAUUUGCCAAGGUCAGGCCUCUCAUUGUUCGCAUGAACUACAAUUUCCAGAAGCAUGCACCCUUGGAAGAGUUCUACAGCUUUGGUGAGUCCAUGUGUGAGUACUUUGGACACCGGGGGUCCAAGCAGCUGCCUGCAGGGAAGCCUAUGCGGCUGGGCUAUAAGAUCUGGUGUGGGACUACUAGCAGGGGCUAUCUGGUGUGGUUUGAGCCCUCACAGGGCACACUCUUCACUAAGCCAGACAGAGGGCUGGACCUGGGAGGCAGUAUGGUGGUAAAAUUUGUGGAUGCACUUCAGACGCGUGGCUGUCUGCCAUAUCACAUAUUUUUUGACAAGGUUUUUACAAGUGUCAAGUUGAUGUCCAUUUUGAGGAAGAAAGGAGUGAAGGCCACAGGAACUGUUCGUGAAUACAGAACUGAGCGAUGUCCUCUUAAAGAUCCCAAAGAACUGAAAAAAAUGAAGAGGGGUUCGUUUGAUUACAAAGUUGACGAAAGUGAGGAGAUCAUUGUAUGCCGCUGGCAUGAUAGCAGCGUGGUCAACAUCUGCUCCAACGCUGUGGGCAUAGAGCCAGUGGGGCUGACCAGCCCUCCCUCAGGAGUGACCAAGACGCAGACCCAAGUUCAUCAGCCAUCCCUCCUGAGGCUGUACCAGGAGAAGGUGGGAGGUGUCAGCCGGAUGGACCAGAACAUCGCCAAGUACAAGGUAAAGAUCCGGGGUAUGAAGUGGUACUCAAGUUUCAUUGGCUAUGUGAUCGAUGCUGCUCUUAACAAUGCAUGGCAGCUGCACCGGAUAUGCUGCCACGAUGCCCAGGUGGACCUUCUGGCCUUCCGAAGAUAUGUGGCCUGUGUAUACCUAGAGAGCAAUGCGGACACGUCAUCCCAAGGGAGGCGAAGCAGGCGGCUGGAAACUGAGAGCCGCUUUGACAUGAUUGGGCACUGGAUCAUCCAUCAGGACAAGAGGACCCGGUGCGCCCUGUGCCAUUCACAGACCAACACUCGCUGUGAGAAGUGCCAAAAGGGUGUCCAUGCCAAGUGCUUCAGGGCAUACCACAUCAGGUAAUACCUGAUGGGCAGAGGGAGCCCUCUGGAUGUUUGGUUUAUGAUGAGAUAUUUACAACUAAUUAUAUAUAGCAUUUGGGGCACUUGUGUGUGUUGUGUUAAAAAGAGAUCUGGAUUCCUGAUAAUAUGGCUUUGUAUUUUUUCCCAUCUUUAUUGCAGCUCUCUUUUUUGUCUUCUGUUAUGCUUAAAUGUAAUAUAAAUUAAUAUUUAUAUUAUCAAUCAUAAAUCUUUGUAAAUGUAUAUUUCAUGGUGUUAUUUAUUUCAACUUAUA